CGAACAAAAUUAGUUACCGAAACGGCCGCCUGAAGGCGCUGUCGACACGUGUGCCGACGGUGGAGGCAGUUCGAGUUUGCGAUACGACUGCCAGUUUGAAAACGCGGUGCCGCGCGAGAUGAUGUACGUUGUUUAGGUUCCCGUAGAGAGCGAGAGAGAGAGUUUUUUACCGGCUUCGUGAUAAUUUUCGCGCGUGACAAAGUGUUGUGAAAAAAAGGGUGAAAAAUUUACAUACCCAAAAAAAAAUUGAAACACAUGUAGUGAAGAAAAAUAAUUUUUUGGAUCCAUUACAAAAGUGCAUUAUUUUCAUGUGCCAGUGUAGUUUUUUUUCAGUUUUUAAAUGGUUAUUGAAAAGUCAUUUUAAAAAGUGAAUGAUAUAGUUUUAAACCAUUUUAGAUAAAAAUUGUCUCAUAUGGUCUUCAGUGUUUGUGAUAUCCAGUCCUUGGUGAUUUACGGGACCGGUACUGAAGAAGGUGCUAAAAACGGAUUCAAUUUAGAAGACCGGAAAUUAGUUUUGCUAAGGAGUGAAAUAGAUGUGGUUAUGAGAAUUCGAUGAUUACUGGCCCCCGGACUAGAAGCACGAUGGACUACCUACGGAUUUGCUUCGCAUUUUGCACGUUAAUUCUCAACAACUACGUUGGACAUGCGAUAGACACAUCACAAUGCAUCGGCCCCUUGGGAAUGGAGUCGGGAGCAAUUCCUGAUGCUGACAUCACUGCCAGUUCCAGCUUUGACAGCGGAAACGUGGGACCACAUCAUGCACGACUAAAGCAAGAGUAUCAUGGUGGGGCUUGGUGUCCUAAAUUGCAGAUAACAACUGAACCGCGCGAAUGGCUCGAAAUCGAUCUGCACAAUGUUCAUUUAAUCACUGGAACUGCUACUCAGGGACGAUUUGGAAAUGGACAAGGUGUUGAAUUUGCCGAAGCUUAUCUCCUCGAGUAUUGGAGACCUAGAUUAGGGAAAUGGGUCCGUUAUCGGGAUAUUCGAGGCGAAGAGGUGAUAAAGGGGAACAGCAAUACCUACAUUGAAACGAAACGAGAUUUAGAACCACCGAUUUGGGCGAGUAAAAUUCGUUUUCUACCGUACAGUUAUCAUCGUCGUACGGUGUGCAUGCGAGUUGAAUUGUACGGUUGUCCAUGGAACGAUGGAAUCGUUUCUUACUCGAUACCGCAGGGGGAUAAACGAGGCAAUUGGGAAUUCUUCGACGUGACUUACGACGGUCAUUGGGACGGUGAACUACGUCGUGGUCUUGGACAACUCACGGACGGUCGUACUGGGCCCGAUAAUUUCAAGUUGGGUUACUUUGACUACGAUCGGGGUCAAGGAUGGGUUGGCUGGAGAAACGAUACCCGUUCAAAUCGUCCACUCGAAGUUAAAUUCGAAUUUGAUCACGUCAGAGAAUUCUCCGCUGUUCAUAUCUAUUGCAACAAUCAAUUCACUAAAGAUGUUCAGGUCUUUUCGGAAGUCGGGGUUAUGUUUAGUAUUGGCGGUAAAUACUACAAUGGUGAUCCAAUUGUGUACGAGACAGUAGAGGAUCGUAUCUUUGAGAAUUCACGAAACGUAACGAUUAAAUUACAUCAUCGGAUUGGCAAGUUUGUCAAAUUGAAGUUUGGCUUUGCUUCCCGUUGGAUUAUGAUCAGUGAGAUAACAUUCGAUUCGGAUAUUGCUCAUGGAAACUUCAGUCUAGAAAUGCCGCCAUCAACCGAAGCGCCAAGAAUUAAGGACAAAAGUUCCGAUCGUGAUACUCCGCUUCAAGCGGAAAUUCCCGUUUCCACUGCCAAGCAGGAUGAUCCAACUUAUAUGGCUGUGAUAAUAGGAGUACUGACGGCAGUUAUUCUUCUCCUGGCCGUUGCUAUAUUUCUAAUAGUCAGUCGGCAUAGGCAGAGGAAAAAUUUUGCCAGUCCAUUAGGUGCAAAGGGUGCAAUUCCCUCGGGUAAUCAUCACCAUCAUCAUCAUUUGUCAUCGGAAUCGGCGUAUGGGACCACAGAGAAAGAUCCAUCAUUAAUGACAUAUAGAGUUGAGGAUCUUGACGAUAGGUAUUCUGGUUCUAAACUCACAACAUUGCCACGUGAUUUGAAUGAUCGACUACUCGGUGACGUUAGACUCGACGAAUACCAGGAGCCAUUUCACGAGAACAAAUAUCGUGAACCAGCGCAUGCUGCAUACUACGGAUACAGUACUGUUGUCUUGGACAACAAGGAUUUGCACGACAACAUUGAACAGUCCGAUGCGACAUACGAUUAUGCAGUUCCUAUGCCUGUGCCUAGUGUAAGCAGUGAUCAGGACAGUGUCUUUUCCAAAUCCUCCAGGGGCAGCGCAAAAGCGUGCUUGCAGAGCUUUUUCCCGCCACCUCCACCUCCAAUGAGUGUACCACCUCCUCGAGGCACCAGUAAUCUAACGUACUCGAGCCCACCGAGUCCUGAACCGGUUUGUGAACGAGAACGCCGCGGCAGUAAGCGACGGGAGCAUUCUCUUCAUAGAUUCGCAUAAAGAAUCAACUCCCAAAUGAGAAUGACAGGAUAAUUUUUUCGCAGCAAAAAAAAAGAAAUACUACAACACUCCGGAAUGCACAUCUUUCGUCAUAGAUCAUCGAGAAAAAAAAACAGAAUUUGUAAGCACUAUUUAAAUAUUUCAUCUCACGAUUACUAUAAUGGAAAAAAUACUCAAAUUUACAUGCACAAUAGCAGAAGUGAAAAUACUCCCCAAAUCAGAAUAAUUUUUCAUUAAUCGUGAAUUGUAAGAGAGAGAUAAAAAAAUCGGAGCUUCUCUUUUCUACAAAUUAUCCCGAAAGAAAGAUUCGAUUUUACUUUACUAUAAUAUAAACUUUUUAAAAGUCUAACUUAUUUUUAAUUAAUUUUAUUAAUUAAUUUUCCGGAAAUAAAUUUCCUUUGGACUUGAAUCUUUUUUUCGGGUUUGUACAGUAAUUUUAAGACUAUAUAUAGUAAUUAUUCGAAGUACACUGCAAAAAUAGUUUUUUUGUAAUUAUUUUUCUAGUUUUCAAUACGUUUCGACAGUUUUUAAUUAUUUUGAAUAUUUCAGAUUAAAAUGUGGAAACAAAAAUAAAUUUCAUCACAAUGGUAUUUUUACCUCCGUCAUGGAUACAAAAAAAUAUUUUUUCUUACGUUCCAUUAAGAUUUUUUGUUUUAUUCCUAAAAUCUUUCUAUGAAAGAAAAUUUUUUUUAAAUUCUUUAAAUUAGUAAAAAAAAAUUGUUUUCUUACAAAAGAAAAUGAUAAAAAAAAUUUCUUAACAUCUUAAUCUAAAAUACUCAAAUAAUUUGACUCUCUUUACUUGUUUUUGAAAAUGAAGAAAAAAAACACAAGUCUUAGAUUUUUGAUAAGACAACUUUUGUAAAAAUUAUUUUCAAAUGGAGAGAAGAAAACUUUUUUUCCAUCAUUACAUUUCAUUAUGUAAUACCACAAUAUUUUUACAGUGUAUCAAGGUAAAAAUUUGUAUAAUCGCUAAGGCGAUGAAACUAAAAUUAUUGGCAUAUCAGUUAGGGAAAUAACUCCUCUAGAAAUUCGCCUCGAGGCUUUUCGUACUAUAUACACACUGCCACAGGAUCGUCGUUAAAUAAUUCUUUUUUUACAAUCCUUUUUUCAACACGUAAGCUCAAAGGAAGUUUAAGCAUACAGGAAAAUUACUAGAAUACCAGACGUAAACCACAAUUUCAACUUUUUCUCUCUCUUUUUUUGUUAAAAAGUUCUAACCAUCCAAGAAAAGAAAAAAGAGUUAAUAAAAAAAAAAAUUAUAUAAAUAAAAUCGAAUUUCUAGAGUGAGUCAAGUUUAUUGUGUAAUGCACAAUGUCAAAUAAAAUUAUAAUAAUACGCCUCGGUCAGUAUCUCGCUACCAGAAUUUUUGCCAAAAAAAAGAACAAAUGGCAGCGAGCAUCGAUCGUUUCUCACACAGAAGACUGACUCGUAUGAACAGAAGAAAAAAAUGAAAAAAAAAACUCAGUCCCAUGCGAUGUAUUUAUUGUCUGUACAGCGCCUCUUUGAUGGACUUUUUUUUAAGAAAAAAAAAAUUAGUAUUUGUAUAAAUGCGUAGUUUCUUAAUCAUUAGAAUUAUAGUCGAAGAUGGUAGAAAAGUAUUUGUCGAAUUUUUUUAAAUUUUCGCAAAUUCGUAUUUGAUUUUAUAUCACUUGGCAGCUAGUAUUUUUUUUUUUUUUUUUGCAUUAUAAGGGUGCGAAACAAAUUUUAAGCUGUCAAUUUUAGUAAAAUCGUUCUGCGCAUUUUUAGACUAUUCUAAGUACCAGUGAGUAUUUGCUUUAUUAAUUUAAAAAAAAUUUCUAAAUUGUAAAAAUUCUAAAUAAUAUAUUUUUUUUAUAGUAAUUUAUAUUACCUUUUUCAGUGUCAUGAAAAAAAUUUUGUUUUACAGCACGCGUCAAUUGAAGCCGAACUCCUUUUUUUAAAUUAUUUUUUCGUUUUACAAUUUUUAAUCCCAAUUUUUAACUUUCUGAAACUUUCAAUUUAAUUUUAAUAAAAAUUUUUUAAAUGUUUCAAUUAAUUUAUUUAUAAAUUUAUGAAUUUAGUUUCAAGUGAGAUCUCUUGAUUUUGUAACAUAUUAAUUUACAAAUUUAAUUCAAAUGAACUAAUUCAUAAAUAUAUAGCUUCUAAAGCCUGAAGCCGAACGUUGGAGUGGGGAUAUGAGAGAGAAAAGAAAACCCAGUGAUGACGCUUUUUUUCUCUCUCCUAGCCAUUGCAGCUCCAGAACGUUUCAUAAAUAAAAAAAUUUACAAAUUUAUAAAAAUGUAAUUGAAUUUUGUAUUUGAAUUUGUAAAUAAUUUAAUAAUCGAAUUUUAAAUAGUAAUAAUUGAUUUUAAAAUUUUUAAUAAUUUAAAAAUUAAAUUAUUAUUAUAAAUUAUUAAAAAAAAAAUCUAAAAUAAAAUAAAACUUGAAAAUAUUUUUAAUUUGUAUAAAAGACUUUGAUUUAAAAUAAUUUCUACAUUUAAGUUUGUAAUUAGUGUGAGUUUCAUUUUUUUUUAUUUGUAACUUUGUUCGAAUAUAAAUAU